CAUACAAACCAAUUGACAGAAACCACAGAGCCAGUGACGUAAUUUUUAAUAGCGCUAUAAGAAAGCCCUCUAGUUCAGCGUAAUUCAGCGUUUAUUGUGCUUUUAUUUAAAGUCGAUCUUUAUACAGUAAUGUCUCGUUUCUAUGGGGAACGCUAAGAGUGUAACACCCGGUGUGAGCUGCAUGAAAUCCUGUUAAAUGGCGCUCCAGGAGAAAAUACCUGUGCCGGUGUUCUCAGAAGCAGGCAGGGAGGAGUUUGUGAGGGACAUUUGUCCACAGCGCAGACCGGCCGUGCUGAGAGGCGCGUCUCUGGGUCCCUGCCUGCACAAGUGGACGGUUGAUUAUCUUGGACAAAAAGGAGGAGACAAGGAGGUGAAGAUUCAUGUAUCCACGGUGCCACAGAUGGAUUUCCUUCAUAAGAACUUCGUCUACAAGACUCUGCCAUUUAAUGAAUUUGUGAAAAGAGCAUCAGAGAAGAAACACUCGGACUUCUUCCUGAGCGAGGAUGAGAGCUACUACCUUCGAUCGCUGGGGGAGGACGUCCGAAAGGAACCGGCUGACCUGAGCAAGCAGUUCCCGGACUUGGCGAAGGACUUUCACAUGCCGGACUUCUUUGAACCCGAUCGGUUCUUCUCCAGCGUGUUCCGCAUCAGCUCCCGCGGGCUGCAGCUGUGGACGCACUACGAUGUGAUGGACAACCUGCUGGCUCAGGUGACCGGGACAAAGAGAGUGGUCCUCUACAGCCCCCAGGAUGCAUUGCACCUCUACCUGUCAGGUGAUAAGUCGGAGGUUUUGGACAUUGAUGCCCCGGAUCUGAAGCGGUUUCCUGAGUUUGUGAAAGCAAAGAGAUAUGAGUGUGUGCUGGAGCCUGGAGACCUGCUCUUUAUCCCCGCUCUGUGGUUCCACAACACCCUCGCUCUGCAGUUUGGAGUGGGCGUUAAUGUGUUCUGGCGCCAUCUACCUGCAGACAGCUACGACAAGAAGGACCCGUACGGCAACAAAGACCCCGUGGCUGCAACGCGAGCCCUUCAGGCACUGGAGAGGGCGCUUCACACUCUGGAUGAACUGCCAGACGACUAUCGGGACUUCUACGGCCGGCGCAUGAUUCAGCGCAUCCAGACGAGGACGUUCUGCCACAGAAAUGCAGACACACAGCAGGACUCUGAGACUACGUUACCCAGCAGGCCAUUUACUAAACCUGGAUGAGUUCAGAGACAUGUGAAGGAUCCAAUAAAGCAGCAUUGCUUUGCUCAGCAUGGAGGAUGAACGCUGAUUAUUUUGGACUGUAUGUUGUGUAAAAAUGGAAACAUGAAAGUGCCAGAAACCACCGGAGGCUGAGUCAGACCCCACAGACUAUCACGUUAAAAUGUCCAACUUUAUAAAACAUGGACGCAGCUCAUCUGUUUACAAAUUUAAUAAAGCUUAAAGUUUGAAUAAAAAGGGAUGUGGCCACUUC